AGUGACCACACAAUGGACGCAUUGGUGGACCACUUGACGGCACAGAACCGCUCUCUUGAGCACCAAUUGGCGGCUCAGACGCAACUGAUCCACGUGUUGGACGCCAUCAGACACUACUCGGCGCUGAUGAUGGAUGGCUGCAAAUGCGACCAAAACCAGCACAUUGUCACCAAAUUGUCUGAACUCUUGGCUCAGCACAAGAGUGUCACCGGAGCUGAUGCCACGCCUCAAACACAGACACCUCUUGUGGCGCCCAAUGAUCACCACUUGUGGCCACAACUGACUCCCACCGCAACCACUGCCGGAUGUGGUGAUAGUGUGGCCGACAAUCACAUGUUUAGAUGCGAUGAAUGUCACCAACAAUUUGACAGUCAGGAAGUGCUGACCAUUCAUGUGAAGGAGAGUCACCAUUACUUCGACGCCAACACGAGUCUCGCCAUUGAGUUGAAAGUGAUCGACCAAAACAGCGACUCUUUCUUAGACAAACUCAAGGGUCAAGACAUGGACGAGUCGUCGAUGACAGCGAGCGCACCAAUGGAUCAAAUGAAUGUGCCCACCAGACGUGUUCGAGGCCGUAGAGUGGGCUCCAAGAAGUCACACAAGGGAUCCAAAUGGAUUGGUUGCGAGAAGUAUCAGUGCAAUGAGUGCUUCAAUUGGUUGCCAUCGGAGACAGCUCUGGAGACCCACCGAAACAAAUACCACAACAACUCGAAGCCAUUCGCGUGCGUCCUCUGCGGUGAGGCCUUCUUCGCGAACCUCUCACUCCUGAACCAUUUGUCGCAAACCCAUCACAUGUCAGCCUUCGCGUGCCAUCAAUGCGAUUACAAGACACGAACCAAACACCACUUAAUCCAACACAUGAUCACCCACUCGAUGGACAGGCCGUUCAAGUGCUACCACAAGGGCUGCGACAAAUCGUUUAAACGCAAGUUUGAGUUAAUCCGACAUAACUUUCUUCAUAAGAAGCGCUUUCUCUGUAAGGAAUGCAACGAACGCUUCAAAGACAACACCUCUCUUCUCAUCCAUUUGUCGCAAAAGCAUAAGAUAUCGCUGUUUGAGUGCGAUGUCUGUCCCUAUAAGACACGCGUCAAACACCAUCUCAUCCAACAUAUGGUCACCCAUUCCGCGGACCGACCGUUCGAGUGUCAUAUCCAUGGAUGUAAUGUCAGAUUCAAACGCAAAGACAUGUUAAUCAGACACGAGAAGCUUCACCAGUGA